UCUUUUAUUGAAACCCCUUUGAGAGCCUGACAGCCUGUGUAUUUUGGUGAAAAGAAUUAACUAUAAUACCUGAUCACAAUAUAGUGAGGUGAAACUUGACUGCCCUCAAGACAAUAUAGUCAGCCUAUGAAUUUCAAACGCUAAAACUGCUUUUAUAUCGCCAAAGGAUGCAUAAACCACGUCAACUGUCCAUCAGCACAAUGAAGUGAGUUAAAACUUAAAUUUCCUUCCAGAUUCAGCAGAAGACAAAAUGUAAAAAAAGGCAGAUCAACAUAUUAUAGAGAGGAUAGGCAACAGCCAAUUAUAACCUUAUACCGAAAUUUAUAAAAAGGCACAACGCAAAAAGUAGCGAGCAUAUUUGCUAAAUUACAACUGAAAUUUUGAACUAGACUAAAACUAAAUGUUGUAUUGGGCAGCCAUUACCAUUUUCUUUUCGCUUGUUGGUUAGAAUGAUGUGUAAAAUCAAUGUGCAUCGCUUUCUUUUCAGGUAUCUUGUGGGCAGUAUAUUUUGUAUGCUGAGAUAUUUUUUUGGCCUUUUUCGUCCAUUUGAUAGAGUUUACAACGCGCAUGCACACCAUUUCAGCUGUUUGCACCCCUGGACCAAAUACUUUCAGCUUUUUACACCCUAAGUCAGCUAAACCGAAGGGAGGGGAAGUAAUGAACAUGGGACAUAAACCAACACUUCCUGUAGUUUGUCGGUUUUACUAUUCAGGAGGCCUUUAUAUUGCGUUGUUGUCUAUCGAGAACAUGCUUGUUGACAAUGAAACGCUCAAAAAAUGUCAAACUGAAUUUGUUUGCUUGCUCCCAACUAACUACCCACGAAAAGAAACACUACAAAAGAGACAUGGGGACAAAUUAAAGAAUCACCAAAUAUCAAGUGCAAGACAGAAUGAGCUGGUCAAGAACAACCCCAUUAAAUGAUUUAGAUAUGACAACACCACCAAGCAUCAACUGAAAUGGCAAUAGGAUCCACACCACAUAUAUUUAGAGAAACAUACUAAUUGUAGGGAGAAAUCAGAGCUUACCACAGUAGCCGGAAUUUGGAAGAGAGGAGGAAGAAGAAGAGGGGAACUGAGGCAAGAAGCAAAGAUCAGACUUACACUAAAGAUCAUACAACAGACGGGCAAAGAAGGGACGGGAGGUCAAGAGAUCUCCCGCCAUUCGACUGCAGCAGUGGGAGGUGAACAGAAAAGUCAAUGCUCUAAUAAGAGAAAGAAGGAACAACGAGAGACGGGGGAGAUUCUCCACAUCUGUCGUUGCAGGCUUUCAAGGUGCAAGUUGAGUUGUACAAACGCCAUGUGAAUGGGUUGACUUGAUUGCACUCGAUCUUUGAGCACUACAAGACAAUGUUCAUUUUCGAAUCAAAUGGUCGUUCCUUUAAGUUCUCACGUUGAUAAUCACUCAUUUAAUGUAGUAGAAUGAAAGAAAUUUCCUGCAAAAACUUAUUUCGAUAUUCAGCAAAUUCAGGGUGGCUUCUUUCCACAAGAGAAGUGAAUUUAUUUCAUUCCAACGAUGUAGGCAUCAAAAGAGUAAAGGCGAUCCGCGUCUAUGCUGUCAAAAAUUCCACAUUAAAUCAUCCAAAUCACCUUCCACGUCGUACAAGGUUAGAGUUUCGAUUUUUGGUGAACUGAAUGAUGAACAGAAUAAGCCAAUAGGGCGUCGGCUCUCUGCACCUUCGGAUCAAUUGCUGGUUCAUUGAGAAGAAGUGAGUGAUGUCCCUUGUCUCGUUUUUAAGCAGAUUAUAGAACAAUAACACUAUUGCCAAGCAGCUUCUUUUGUUUGAAAAGGGGAUCUUGACGAAAUAUCCGUGACAAGGUUGCAACCAACAAGGUGGAACUCCUGGUUGAUGCACUGCCAGGGUUGCAGCUUUUCCCUGUUGGUACCAAAUUCAUUUUUGACUGACCGCCUGUGAGCUCAAAUUGCCCUGGCUUCGACCCUCUGCGCUUUGCAAUCAUCCUCCACAAAGUGGACAUGCCAGUGCCGUUCUUCUAGGUGUGGUCCUCGGUGCAUGUUGCCAGUCAUCGGCUCGGUUCUUUGCGGUGGCGGACUCGCGGCACCGGCCAUCGCGGGAACCACCAUCCAUCGGAUGAGGGGAGUUGCCAAAGGCCACCUCCGCCAGGUGGGUGUGGAAGCAAAGCCUUGGGAUGGCUGUGAGAGACGCCUUUCCCAGAAGGAGCGAGCCCUCCUGGCCUCCGUGACUCCACUCCGACUCCCAUCCUCGUUACCGAGCAGAUGCUUCUGUAUUCGGUUAACGGAUCCGGGUAGGGUACCGACUCCAAGAUCCCGUUACCCAAACGCCUUCUUCACGUGCAAGGAUCUCGCGAAGGUAAUGGCGGGUGAGGUCAAGCGUUCGAAUCCCCUCGCUCCAAUGACUGCCGUUGGCGCCUCAUCUUCCUUCAUGGAGAUGAACGAUCCGGCCGAUUUCGACACCAUCGUUUCUCCCGAUGGCUCUCUUUCUGUCUGUGGAUUCGGAUCCCUUCUCUCUGAAAGAAGUGCACGGAGCACAUUUCCUGAGCUGAAAAACUUUAGGACUGCCGUUCUGCAUGGAUUUCGGCGUGUCUUUGGCCAUGUUGCUCCCAUUUUCUUUGAACGGGGGAUAGCAAAAGCAGAAACAGGGGAGAUUUCGAGCUUAAGUGUGGAACCUUGCCCUGGUGAAACUCUCAUUGUUAGUGUAUUUGAAAUAAACAAGCUAGAGAUCACAUCUUUCAUUGAAAGGGAGCAUGAAUUUCGUUUUUUAGCUGUGGUGCCCGAAGAUUUUGAUGGAAAGCCUUCUACCUCGGCAGCUGUUCUCUGUACACGCUAUAGUGAUGACGAGUAUUUUCGUGUGAGGUGUAAAGGAAAUGAGAAAGUCUUCUUUCAACGAUAUGGGCGAUAUAAUGUAGACAAGAUAUGGCGUGAUGAUAUUUUCCCUUGUCGUGUUUAUCUUCGGCAUUGUGUGCUUGCAGCAAAUAACCUUGGCAGAGAAGCUUAUGACAACUUUCUAGACCAUACAUAUCUUGGAGAUCGAAAAACAACCAUCAGGCAAUACUUGGCUUCAGCAGGUGCAGGAAUCAUGGAAGAAGAACCCCCUGAUGCCCUCAAGCACCGGUAUGGUGGUUGAUGGUCUUUCACAUGCUCCUUUUCAGCUGUGGACUUCCUUGGAUGCAGCCUUCAUCCUGUUAUAUUAGCUUAUUUGCUUGAUUGCGACACAAAAGUAAUAAAGUAUUGACCAACUGACAGCGUUCACAAAAAAUGCUGUGAAUUGGACAAAAGUGGAUCCAUUAUUCUUGUCAUGUUGCUGCAACUAAAUUGCUUUUUUGAAUUAAGAGCAUUUCUGAUAGAAAGAAUCCAAAUCUCUUUAAGUACUUGUCUGUUGUGGCUUAUGCUGGCAAUAAAGGAAAACGGAUUGGAAUAUUUCUCUUA